GUACGUUGUAUUGUGUUUAGCAGUCUGUUUUGCGAUGCUUUUAUUCUGAAAGGUCUGUGCAUACGCCACCUCCGAUUAGCCACAGCUAGCUGUUGCCGGCUCGCACAGCAUCAUGAUGACGGCGGCCGAGUGCGACGUCCAGUCUGAGAUCGAGGUGCUGCAGUCCAUCUACCUGGACGAGCUGCAGGUGGACAGGAGAGAGGACAGGGGCUGGGAGGUGAGCCUGGACCUGUACCCGUCCACGGCCGAGGACUCCGUCUCACAGUUCGUCCGGCUCACACUGACUUUGAGCCUCGAUCAGCAGUAUCCCUCAUCGUCUCCGGGGAUCUCCAUCCGGAACCCCCGCGGGCUUUCUGAUGACAAACUCAGCAGUGUCCAAAAGUGUCUUCAGCUCGAGGCUGAGUCCUGUCUGGGUUCGCCCAUGUUGUAUCAGCUCAUUGAGAAAGCUAAAGAAAUCCUGACUGAAAGCAAUAUUCCUCAUGGGAACUGUGUCAUUUGUCUCUACGGCUUUAAGGAGGGAGAGACGUUCACAAAGACCAGCUGCUACCACUACUUCCACUCCCACUGCCUCGGCCGCUACGUGAGCCACUCUGAGAGGGAGCUCCGGCAGAGGGAGAAGGAGCUGGAGGAGGACAAGACCAGAGACCGAGCGGACCACCAGGAGCUCACCGUGGUGUGCCCGGUGUGCAGAGAGCCUCUGACGUAUGACGUCACUCAGCUUCUGUCAUCUCCCGCACCUCAGCUGCCCGAGCUCGACGAGGCAGCGAUCGGUUCAGACUUCCAGCAGAAGUGGCGUGAACUCCAGAAGCUUUUGGAAAGUCAGAGGUCUAGAGGAGGGAUCAUUGACCCCGAAGUGGAGUCCAACCGCUUUCUCAUCCACAUCAACGAGGCUCCACCUGCUGCUGAAAAUGGAAAUCUGGAUGCCGAUGACCUUCCAGGCCUUCCGAUCUCCUCAGCCUCUAACGUUCCUGCUGAAACUGGUGACAAAGCAGACCAGUUUGUUCCCGGGCUUUCCCACUGUAAAGGUGUUCAGGGACAGAGGCAUCAGCACCAGGUGAGGGGGCAGAGAAGAGGAGGAAGGUCCAGACCCCAUCACGAGAGAGUCGCCCCCAUCACAGAGGACUUGGACAAACUCUCUGUGUCUUCAGACUGUGCUGAGAAGCCAGCAAAAGCUAAAGCUCAGGGUAAUCGUGGCCAACAGGUGCAAGGAAACCCAGAACUAUGUCCCUCAAAGACGGACGGGGGUGUCAAGGCAAUGGAACAAGAGGCGCAGGUGCCCACAUGUCAGUCGGGUUUGGAAACGGAGUUCCCAAAAGAUGCUGCAGACUCUGCAGGCAGUCGAGGCCAUCGUGGACGGAGAAGAGGCCACUACAGACCUGCCCCACACUCCGGGCUGCCGGACCUCCACGGCACCACUGGGACGAUCGUGGCUCCAGGAGCAGAGGAGGAGCCAAUAACCUGUGCGGCAGAGGAGGCGGUCCCCGUCGUGGUCACGGCAGGGGCUUCCAGCAGAAGGUGGUGGAGAGGGGAAGAGAGGAGGUGCUAUGACAAAGGGCGACUGGAGGGCCAAUGAACAAACUUACAUGUGCCUCCAUUGUCAGUGUGCAUAGAUCAAAGCCCUGCAGCAGAAAAGACGUUCACUGUAGUGUCUCAUCCUCCUGUCCAUCGCCAUCACCCUGCGCUUUGGUACGCACUUUCACGCACGCUGUCAGGUCCAGAUGGUUGUUGCUUUAUGUUGCGGCACUAUAUAAAUUAAAAGAAGUACAAAUCCAAAUUUCUCUGGAUGGCAACUUUGGUGUUUUUCUCUUAGUUCAGUAAAUAACUUGUAUGUGGACCCUCUGUGAUAUACUGAUAUUGCAUUAAAGUGCUGCAACCAG